GGCGGCGGCGUUUGAAAAGCGCCGCGGGAGGGGGGGCGGGGCAGGCACCAACGGCCGCCGGGGGGGCGAAGGGGGCCCGUCAUGGCGCACAAACAGAUCUACUACUCCGACAAGUACGACGAUGAGGAGUUCGAGUACCGGCACGUGAUGCUGCCCAAGGACAUCGCCAAGCUGGUGCCCAAAACCCACCUGCUGUCGGAGUCGGAGUGGCGGAACCUGGGGGUGCAGCAGAGCCAGGGCUGGGUGCACUACAUGAUCCACGAGCCAGGUGAGUCUCGCGGGGGGGCGGGGGGCGCCCGGGGGGCCCGGCCUGACCGCCUCUGUCCUCCCGCAGAGCCCCACAUCCUGCUCUUCCGACGGCCGCGGCCCAAGAAGCCGGAGAAGUGAGCCGUCCCCGCUCUGCUGGAGCUCCCAGCCCGUUCGAGCUGAGAAAGCACCUUCCUCCUCCUCCUCCUCCUCCUCCUCCUCCUCCGCGUUCCUGGAGGGCUUCAACCCCUGGCCCUCGGUGCCGCCCGGGCACCGCUGUGGCCACUCGGCGCCGGGGUUUUUUCCUGUUGCGAGGUCUCCAAAGCUUCAAUAAAGUGAUGUUUUUGGGA